GUGUUUGGAAUUCAUUUCACCAUGACGCCAUUAACCCGCCAGGCACAGGCGCGAGGGAGUGUUGAAGCAAUGCUGCGAAACGCUCGUUCGCCUCCCACGUGCACGCGCGAAGCACACGAAAGGAACCGUCACGAGAGGUGGCACUUUUGUCAGCUCCAUUAUAUUCUGUGUUUUGUUCCUUUUUCUUUUAUUUGGCUGGUCGUUCUUUUUUGCUGCUGUGAGUUUUCAUUCGUUUUUAUUCACAUUCGUUCGUUCUUUCAUCCAGCUUCCAUCGGUUGUGUACGUUCUUUUCUCGAUUUUAUUUAUUUUCUGCUUUUCACCAUUGUGUCUUUUAUUGUGUCUUGAAACAAACGUACUGUCUCUUUACCACCCGCCGCCCCGCACGAUGGUACAUAAUCGUUAGCAUAACUUUUUUCAUGCCCAAUAGAGAAAAAUAAACUCAUCGUUACAGUGGCAGUGCCUUCGGCAGCGUGAAAGCUUUUCCUUUCCACACAAACGCACCCAUACGCGCCCGACUGCUCAGCUGGCUGUCGAUGGUUGUGUGUCCGGAGUGUCCGAAUGGCGCAAAUUCUGUUUUCUCGUACCGAAUUGUUUUGUUUUCCACCGGCUUCUUUAUAUUAUUCUCCUCUCUGUUCGUUGUCCUAGACAGAAACCGUUCGUUGCGUUUGCACCCGAAAAUAUGCUAAUGCUAACGACCGGAACGAAACUGCGUCCCUUGGGCCAUCUCCAUGGCAAUGACAACGAAAUAAAAAGGAAAGUCCAAGCGAAUCGUUACCCCACAGUCUAGCAAUCCAUGCAAACACAUAUACACACACACCGAUAUAGAAUUGGGAUGAAGAAUUUGUUAGUUUUUCAGCAUCACUGGAGUUGGCUGGUGGACUAGGUGGUUUGGUUUGGAUCGUGUCUAGACGGUUCGGAAUCGAUGAAAUCAAUUAAAACUUCUAUCCAUCAAUCGACGCCGCACAAACGGAUCCCGACACCAUCGAAUACAAAGAAUGAUGCGCUUUUUUGUGGGGGGGGGGCAUGACGAAUGAAACGACACAUCGAACUAUUGUAAUGAUCAGGGCGAUGUAUCAGCGAAAGAUUAGUGGUCUCCGACUUUUGGAAAGUGAGUUCUUUUAAGGAACGUGCAAAGGAUCCAGUCAAAUAGAUGACCAAUGGGUAGAACAGUGUUAUCAGCCCACUGUUCCCCCCCAACACCACUGAUCGGUAUCAAUGUGUAACCAAUAUAUCAUUUUCCUACAAACUUCGCCUUAUACAAACCCCUGCUAAAAUGGCACAAAAACUAUUUGGCCCUUUGUCCAUGACGUUGACAUUUUUCAAUUUAACUCAUAUUCCCUUCUCCGGCCAACUUGUGGACUCAUCAACUUCAAAAAAAAAGGGAAAGAAAAGACAACUAUUGCCCCAAAAAGGGCAAUAAAUUAUAAGCAUGUGGUUUCGGUGACGUUGCCGCGCGUGGUGCCCCACAACUGGCCGGGGGAGAUAAGAAACCGUGAGGCGUACGACGCGCGCGACGGCCACUUGAUCGUAGCCGAACGCGUCGUCGUGGGUUCGAUCGCGUCCUGUGAUUACGCUUUUCCAGCUCGGAGAUGCCGCGACAAGCACACCCUGACCUCCAACAGCUAUGCCCCAAAAAUGGCACCAUUUAGCUGUGUGUGUGUGAGUUUUUUAAUGCUUAACUUUUGAUGCUUCUUCCAACACGUCAUUCCUGCAUGUAUGUGGCUCCCCCCUUGUUUCAGAACGCGAUGAAUGGGGCACAUGAAUGGGUGCUGUUUGGCACAGGUCCAUGAAAGAGCGAUGCCGGCUUCGACGAGAGGCCAUCUUGCUCUCUCGCUCAUGCUCUCUUGCUCUCUCAAUGCCAACCCUUAUCUGCCUCAGCGUGUUCUCCCAGCAGUGCCGCAGGAGCAACGCGGAAGCAGCGCUGGCGCCACCAGCAGCCGACUUCCACGGCAGUGUCUCGGGAGUGUGCCGGCUACGGAAGAAUUCAGACUUCCAGUGGAAUGCAAAAAUAAUCCAAAAAACAGACAACACACACACACACACACACAAAUUCACAGUCUGGGUGAAAAGGACGGGACGCUGGGUUUUGGUCCGAACGCAGCAGACAAGCAGCCAUCCGGCACCCUGUCUGGACGGCAUCCGAACCUGGAGCUGUGCCCUGAAACGUUCGGGGCGGCAGUUUGGUUAGUACUGCUGGUGCGGCGACUACUAUUGGAUGCUGCGCCGUCAGAUGGGCAUGUAACUGCGAGACACAAAGCGGACAUCUGUGUAGACCGCACAGCAGUAGCAGCAGCAGCAGCAGCAGCUGAUAAGCCGCGGCCGAUCGAGCAGCGUGAGAAAUAAGUGCAGUGUGCGUUCGGCCGUCGCGCCCGGGAGCUGUUGUGGAGUGUGUAUUGGUUUGCUCCCCUUUUGACGUUUCAUGUGACGGAGUGUACGGGUUUGCUUGCACGCAUCUCCGUACCCAUCUAUCGCAGUGCAUUGCCGUGUUUUUUUUUCCGUGCGUGUGUGUGUGUGUCCGAAUUCCAAAAUCCCAAAACAGACCAGAUGCCGGUACGGUCGGGGUUCUUGCUGCUGCUACUUUGGCUUCACCAACGACUGCCCGCCUCCUCACAAGCAACCGAACCAGCGACAAGGCGGUGCAGCGGAGGCCUCUGCAUCCUGCCCGAACUAUGCCGCCCGGUCAGCGUCAACGUGUACGAUGAGGUGCAUCUGGACUUUUUCAGCGUUUCAAGUUUCGAUCGUUCCAGCUCCGAGGAGUGCCGGUUUCCUCAUCUCAAGUGCUGCCCCUUCGAGCGCAUCGUCCGUGCACCGGACACGGAAGCACCGGAUGAGGCCGAGAUCGUAUGUGCGGCCCGGAACAACAACGGCAUCGGACAUGUCGAGCAGAAGGACAAAACGCGCGCCAAAUACGGCGAGUUUCCCUGGAUGGCGUUCGUGUACACCGCGCAGGCCGACUACGAGCUGUACCUCUGCGGGGGCACCCUGGUCCACUCGAAGGUGGUCAUCACGAUAGCGCACUGCAUCGAGAACCGUACCGCCAGCGAGCUGCGCGUGCGGCUGGGCGAAUGGGACCUGGAGCAUAUGGUGGAGAUCUACCCACCGCAGGACCGGGCCGUCAUAGCGGCAGUGACGCAUCCGCAGUUUUACAGCGAGCUGCUGCUGAACGACAUUGCGAUACUGUUCCUCGACGAGCACGUCGACUUUACGGAGGUGGUCGGCAUAGCGUGUCUGCCCCCGCAGAACGCCAACUUUGACCACAAACGGUGCCUGUUCACGGGCUGGGGCGAGGAUGAGCGGGGCCGCAACUCGUCCGUGCUCAAGCGCACCAAGCUGCCGAUCGUACCGAACGGCCAGUGUCAGCGGGUGCUGCGGCGCCAUCUGCUAAACCGCAGCUUCCGACUGCACCAAGGGUUUCUGUGUGCGGGCGGCGAGUCCGGCAAGGAUGCGUGCCGCGGUGACGGGGGCUCCCCGCUCGUCUGCCCGAUACCCCAGUCCGAGAAUCAGUACUACGUGGUCGGGCUAGUGGCGUUUGGGUACGAGUGCGGCACGCAGGGUGUGCCCGGUGUGUACGUCAAUGUUCCUCACUAUCGCGACUGGAUCGAUGGGGAAAUCGAAAAGAUGUAUCAUGUUGAUAUCUUCGUUUAGGGGCCUUAGCCUGCCAGGUUCGGUUCUAGCUGGCCCGAACCCGACACAUGCACGUAAACUUUUCGUCAUACACUCAUUCGUCUUUAGAAACUAAAACGUUCGUACUUACCAUGCUUUAAGAUUGUUCCAUCGCUUUUAUCGCUCAAACGUUAGGCAAAUACAUCCGACUACAAACUGUAA